AUUCAGACGCGAAAGUUUAUGUCAAAUCGCCUGCUUUUCCGGAAGCAAAUGGUGGUAGAUAUAUUGCAUCCCGGACGGUGUGUGCUGUCGAUUAAAGAGAUCCGGGAGCGGCUUGCGAAGACGUACAAAACGUCACCGGACGUUGUGUUUGCCUUUGGUUUCAGGACGCAGUUCGGUGGUGGUAAAUCGACCGGAUUUGCUCUCGUAUAUGAUUCUCUGGACCACGCUAAGAAAUUCGAGCCGAAAUACCGGCUUAUCCGAAAUGGUCACCUUGCUGCCACAACUAAAGGUCGUCAGGUCCGGAAGCAACGUAAGAAUAAGGCAAAGAAGGUGAGGGGCACCAAGCCGAAGAAGAAGAGGUCCGAGGCUUAA